AUGGAUGAAAACAUUCUUCAAAAUCAACAGAAUAGGUAUCUAUUUAGUCGAAGUGUUGGAGUAGAUUGGAAAGACCUUGGACGAUGUUUACAAAUUUUAGAUAGCUAUUUAGAUGUGAUAGAUAUUGAAUCUAAAAAUUGUUGUGAUAAAGCAUAUCAAAUGUUGACCAAAUGGACAGAAAAGGAAAAUCCCUCAUUAAAUGAACUAAAAAAUGCUUUGCAAACUAUGGAGAAACACGAUUUGAUGAAAACAUUGGAAGAUCUUCAAAUACGUUCAUCAAAAGAAAUUGAAAAAAGUAAUUUAGUCAAGACAGAUUUCUUGAGCGAUGCACUGAAUUUUUAUCUCGAAACUUAUAAAACAAUUGAGGAAAUUCAACCACAAUUAAACAAACCUUAUCAAGUUAACUUUUUAGAUAAAUUUGUUGAUCUUUAUGUUGUUGAUGAAGUUGAAGUCCAAAAAGAUGCAAUUAAUAUUGCAGAGCUAGAUCAAUUUUUAAAGAAACAAAUGAGUUAUACAUCAAUUCUAUUUGAAAAGCAUUUAAAAGAUCUGUCUUUAUUUCUAAUAUCUGGUAUUGCUGCUAUUGGUAAAACAUGGUUGCUUAGAAAAUUUUUACUAGAUUGGUCAAAUGGUUUAAUUUGGAAAAAUAUUGAUUUAGUGUUUUACUUGGAGUGUAAACAACUUAAUUUGUAUGAAAAUAUUUCUAAUAUUAAUGAAUUACUUGAUGUUUUCUACAAAGAUAUUUUAAAAGGUUAUAAUAUUUCUCUAGAUUUCAUGCAAUCUCAACCAUCAAUUAUGUUUAUAAUUGAUGGCUUAAACGAAUUUAAAUACUUUGACCAAUUAAUAAGCAAUACACACUGUAGUUCACAAGAAAUUCCUAUUCUUAAUGUCUUUACAGAAAUUUAUAAAUACAAAGCUGUGAUAUCAGGAAGAGUAAAUACAAUAUCACAAUAUGAAAAUGUGGUCACGCGUUAUAAAGAUAAGUUAACCAUUAGAGUUAUGGGUUAUAAUGAAAAUGGAAUAAAAUAUUAUUUGAGGAAUAAUUUAAUAAAAAAAACAAAAUGCAGAGUGAAAACUAUGUUAAAAGAGUCUUCGAUUGCAAAAACCAUGGCAAAAGUACCCUUUUUUUUAUCAUGUAUGUGUACAAUUGUUGCUGAUUUAAAAGUAAAAUAUAACUUUAUAAAUCUCACCAUGACAGAUUUGUAUGCAUAUAAUUUUUUAUACUUUUUUCAAAGACACAUUUUUAAUGAAAAUCAUGAACCAAUUUUCAAAAUAAUGGAAAAUAAUCUAAACAAGCAAUGUAUUUUAAACAUAUGUAAAAUAGCAUAUAUUUUUUUUAUUGAAAAUAAAACUACUUUUUCCGAUAUAGAAAUCCAAACUUUUAUCAGUGGUUUUGAUCAAAUGGAAAGUGGGCUCCUUGAAAAGGUGUUUUUAAUGAAAAGUGGUUUUAUUGAAAAGAUUGAAACAAAUUUUGGUUAUCAUUAUCGGUUUUGUCAGACAGCAAUGAUAGAGCUAUGUGUCUCUGUUCAUGCAUACUAUAGUUAUAGCGGGAAAAAGAUUAUGGAAAAUCAAAAGUUAAAAGACUGUUUUUCAAUUAUAUAUGGUUUAUUAAAUACAAAUGAGAAUAGUUUUAUCAAGUACUUAGCUAACUUGACAAAUUCAAAUACUGAAAAGAUAUCUUUGAAUCAUGUGAUUGAUGUGAUUCCAAAAGAAAUUAACUGUGAUCGUGAGUAUCAAGAUAAACAAAAGUUGUUCAUGCAAUGUUUUUUUGAAUCGCAAGCAACUAUUACAGACGAUAUUAAAGCAUCAAUUGAUGAAAGAAAGUGGAAGAUUUUGAUAAAUGGUACAAAAACAUCUUAUGAAGUUUUAUGUGAAAAAUAUUUUGUAAACCAUCUCGUUAACUCAGGAGGGAAGUUGACAUCUUUAGAAAUUGACAAAAAUUUAUUAACUGAUAAAGAAAAAGAUCUUAUUAAGCAAUGUUCAAGGAAUGUAAAAGAUAUCCGUAUAAAGCGGAGUUAUCGUUUUUUUAUUGAUCAAUUCACGAAGCGAUGGAUAAGAAGUGAAUAA